AUGACCCCCGUAUCCCAGCAAUUGAGCGGAUUUGCAAUCCAUCAUCCGCCGGCGAGGAGAGCGGGAUUGAUCCUGCUGACAGUGGUGGUGAUUUUCCGUAUUCUGAUAGUGGGAAUAGUCGGCGAGAAGGUGUACGAGGACGAGCAGAUCAUGUUCAUCUGCAACACCAUGCAGCCCGGCUGCAACCAGGCCUGCUACGACAAGGCCUUCCCCAUCUCGCACAUCCGCUACUGGGUGUUCCAGAUCAUCCUGGUGUGCACGCCCAGCCUGUGCUUCAUCACCUACUCGGUGCACCAGUCCGCCAAGGCGCGCGACCGGAGCUACUCCCUCCUCCACUCCCACAUGGACCACCACGGCCACGGCCACCACGGUCGCCAUCACGACCACCACGCCCGCAAGCUGCACGCCCGCAACAUCAACGGCAUCCUGGUGCACCCGGAGUCCAGCAAGGAGGACCACGACAUGGACGUGAAGGAGAUCCCCAACGGGCCCCGGGGGCUCACCCAGACGCACAAGAGCUCCAAGGUGCGUCGGCAGGAGGGCAUCUCCCGCUUCUACGUCAUCCAGGUGGUGUUCCGCAACGCGCUGGAGAUCGGGUUCCUGGCCGGCCAGUACUUCCUGUACGGCUUCAACGUGCCGGGGAUGUUCGAGUGCGACCGCUACCCGUGCGUGAAGGAGGUGGAGUGCUACGUGUCGCGGCCCACGGAGAAGACGGUCUUCCUGGUGUUCAUGUUCGCGGUGAGCGGCAUCUGCGUCCUGCUCAACCUGGCCGAGCUCAACCACAUCGGCUGGAGGAAGAUCAAGUCGGCCAUGCGGGGCGUCCAGGCCCGGAGGAAGUCCAUCUGCGAAGUGCGCAAGAAGGACGUGUCGCACCUGUCCCAGGCCCCCAACCUGGGCCGGACCCAGUCCAGCGAGUCGGCCUACGUCUGA